ACGAUCAAUCUGUAGGAUUUUACAGGUGUGACACACGGAGAGGUCAACGUACAAAACACAGAGGCAGGGAGGAGCGACCAAAACGAAUGAAUUUUAAGAAUGUCCCCGGGGAAAGAUACAGCACCUAUCAGACGUCAGCUAAACAGAGAGAUAGAUGGGAAAUGUGAGAGAAACGCUAAAAUACUGUACCUCGGAGGCGACGCUGAUUUUCUCUCGCCUUUUCUCUUUUAGCCUUGCCAUGUUGUGACCAAACCGGAGAACCACAGUGCAGUGAGUCUCCUGCCUGACAGGAAAAAAACCUGUGACUAUGCGGAACUAUUUUUCUUCUUCGUAAUGUUUACGUCUUCCUUUUGACGAACCGCUCUUCACGCACUUUGCUGCCCUCUGUCGGUGGAAAGUGACAAACACUUGGCCGCAUAAACACAAAUAACUCCCAACACCUGAAAGUGAAGAAAGCCAAGUCAUUAAAAAAAUGCUGUCGUGCUCAAAUCACAAUUAAACGGUUAUUGUUCUCAUGCCAGUAUGAAGGCAACAUACUGUAGUCUGCACCUGCCAAACAUAGACAGGUAAAACAGAACUGAGAGAGUUGCUGCUGAGCGUUGCUAAUCUGAUUAUGUGACCUGAGAGGACACACAUGAUCAGCUGAGAAAGAAAAGGGACGAGGCCAGGCAAGCUGCUCUGUACUUGCUUCCUUCCUUCUACAAAAUGCCUCUAUUUAUAAACCGAGACCAAAUAUUUGCUCAUCAGGUACACCUGCUGGAGCACAAAUUAAGGAGUAAAGAGGAGAGAAUACUUGAACUGGAGACAGAGAAUGCCCUUCUUCAUUUAAGACUUGCAGAGUGUUCGGGUAGACAGCGCCGGGACCAUGAUGAGGGAACCAAGGCUGUGAACGAUCAUCAUCUUCAGAGUAGUACACGGAAGAUAACCCAAUCAGCCCUCAUCAAGCUUCUCUCAGGGGUUCAGGCUGUGAAGCAUGACCUGAGUGAGUUGUUUGCAGUGUAUGUGAGUUUUGCCACCGAGUUGGAGGAGCAGAGCAAGCAGCUCCUGGAGAAAGUAGAGCAAGCCAACUCAUCUCUGAACAGUCAUAGUGAGGAUGGAUUUCAGAAUUUGCAGGUUCGCGUUGCAGCCCUGGAGCACUCUCUGGAGGAAGAAAGGGAGAACUGCAGGGCAGAGAGGCGGAAGCGGAAAGAACUUCACAACACACUGGUGGAGCUCAGAGGGAACAUUCGGGUUCACUGCAGGGUGCGUCCAGUUCUUCCUUUUGACCAGAUCCAGUCCUCAACUUCCGGAUCAGGGUCUGCAUCAUCAGAGGAAGUAGUCCACGCAGUCAGUGAUGAUACAGUGAUGGUGAAUUGCGUGAAGGCGGGGAUGCUGGUGCAAAACAAAAUGUUUGAGUUUGAGAGGGUACACGGACCAGAGGAUUCCCAGAAGGCUGUGUUUAAAGAAGUCAAGUCACUUCUAACAUCUCUGCUGGAUGGCUAUAAUGUGUGUAUCAUGGCAUAUGGGCAGACAGGCAGUGGGAAGACUCACACCAUGAUGGGAUCCCAGUUCCUGGAUGAGCCCUCGGGGACACAGCAGGAGGCACAGCAGGGUAUUAUCCCAAAGGCUGCUGCUGAGCUCUUUCGGCUGAUCUCUGAGAAGCCUGCAGAAAGUCACACAGUGGAAGUGUCAGUGAUGGAGGUGUACAACAAUGAGGUGUUUGACCUGCUGGCCAGGGAUGAGCACAGCAAUGCAGCUGGCCAGAGACGGGAUGUCAUCACCACCGCCUCCGGUGCCAGCCAGGUCCCCUCCCUCACAUAUGAGCCUGUGAGUAAUGCCUCUGAGGUGAUGCAGAUUAUUAGCAGCGUUCUGAAGCUCAGAGCUCACUGUCCCACCCUUGUCCACGCGGACUCAUCACGCUCUCACCUCAUUGUGACCCUCACGGUUUCCUCCAAGAGUCCCAAUGCAGUGGCCCUGGCCCGCAGGCUACAGAGUGCCAAGAUGGACAUGCGGCGCUCCACCCAGAAGGAGUGGUGGAGUCCACGCUGUCGCCGUGCCAACCUCGCCGCCCACCACUCAGCUGACGAAACCUCUGCAAGCCCCGCGUCCUCUCCCUGCUCGACCCCGUCCCUUUCUCCCUGCCCCUCCCCGAGGAACAGCAUCACUCAGACUCCGUUCAGGACAAAGCUUCAGCUGGUGGACCUGGCUGGCAGCGAGUGUGCUGGUGGUGAUGCCAAGCUGCUAGUGAUGCUCUGUGUCUCCCCGACGCAGCGCUUCAUCACAGAGUCCCUGCAGUCUCUUGGUUUUGGCACGCGGGCACGGCAGUCUUAA